UCCCACAGAACACAACUUACAGAACACUUUGGCGCGAAAAUAAUGGACGAUGGCGACGACUCUGCUACGCUUCUGCUCUGUAUGAGUGAAGCCUUCGCCAACCACGAGCGGGAGGUGGCCAAGGCUCAUGACAAAGUCUGCCAGCUCCUUAUAUCAGACGCCUGGAAGAUUGCCAUGCGGUUGCAGCACUAUUUGAUACUUCAGUGUCUGGACAAGCCCACGGAGUCAGCUUGGAUAUCCCUCUACCUGUUCGGGAACGACGUGAAUUUCCUUAACGCUACGAGUCUUACAAGGUUUGCAGUUUUUCCACUAUUCAAAGUGGUGCACGAGAGCUGCUAACUACGUAAUGUUGAGCUCGAGACGUCCCAGCUAGGCUGUGUCUUCGCAUCCGCAGUCUGCACACACGACGUUGGGAGGAGUGUUUUCCUCAUUGCCGCUCGAGUCUCGGAUACAGCGCAUCUUCCAGUGUAUUGCAGAGUGGGUAAGGUGAACCAUAGUGUCUAGUCAAACCAAUGUUAGCUUCGACGAUGCACCCAGAUACAGUGCGCGAGAUUUCCACUGAUCAAACUGCGUGAUCCGCUGAGCUUCACCAUGUUCAGAAAGCCUCUCGUUAAGGACGUGUAUGGACCCGUACCGGACAAAAGGUUCACGGUCGCUCCUGCAGACGUUGGCUUCGGAGUAGAUAGCUGUUUAUGUAUCAAUAUCCAGGGACUUAUCUGUUGUAAAUACGACGGGUCCUUACACCAUUUUUGGUAGACGUCCAGUAGCAUGAGUGCACUUGCUACGCCGCCUACUAAACUCAGUAAUGUGGGAAGACGUUCAACAAUUUCAGUUGACAGCAUUCCCGUUGUGCUGUUCGUACAGACUCAAGUUAUAUUUGCUUUGAUUCUCGCUGAAUCGUUUUGACCUUUGUAAAC